GGCCCAGCGGGAGGCGCAGCUGAACAUGCUGGGCCCACCUGGGCCCGCCUUCUUCGCUUGCACCCGCGAGCGUUGGUUUUUGGGCCGAAGUAGUAGGGAAAGGUCCUCUCUGAUUGGUCUGCGCUGCUGUCAGUCUCUGGCGGGUAGCGAGUUAGUGGGAGGCAGGGGGCUGCUUCAGCUUCUCUUCCCCGAGGCCCUGAGCGCGCCCCCUUGGCGGUAGGACGUGGGGUGCCGGCCUACCCCGACCCCCCGACUUAGCAGCAGCGAUGUCGCCUCCUACCCCCUCUUCGGCACGCGCUCGGGGAUCGCGAAGGGGGCAGGCUCCCCGGCCCCUCUGGCACAGGCUGGGUGCCAGGGGGCAGCCGCCGAUCGUUGCAGGGAGAGGAUAAGGGGGGGGCAGCCUCUGCCUUCCCUUACGGGCAUCUCUCUCUCUCUUCUGUCCCUCGGACACGUGGUCUGGUUUUACUGCAGCGUGAUGGGUAGAGGAGCCCAGGAGGUGAUUUGCACAGCAGUGUUUUGGAGGUGGCUGGGUUCUGCAGUUAUGGAGCUCAGUGAUGCCAAUUUACAGACUUUAACAGAAUAUCUAAAGAAGACACUAGAUCCAGAUCCUUCUAUACGGCGUCCAGCGGAGAAGUUUCUCGAAUCCGUUGAAGGAAACCAGAAUUACCCGUUGUUACUCUUAACGCUGCUGGAAAAGUCGCAAGAUAAUGUCAUCAAAGUCUGUGCCUCUGUAACUUUCAAGAAUUAUAUUAAAAGAAACUGGAGAAUUAUUGAAGAUGAACCAAACAAAAUAUGUGAAACAGACAGGAUAGCUAUUAAAGGCAACAUAGUACACUUGAUGCUUAGCAGUCCAGAACAAAUUCAGAAACAGUUAAGUGACGCCAUUAGCAUUAUUGGCAGGGAAGACUUCCCUCAGAAAUGGCCAGACUUGCUGACCGAAAUGGUGAAUCGUUUUCAGAGUGGAGAUUUCCAUGUCAUUAAUGGAGUCCUUCGCACUGCACACUCGUUAUUUAAAAGAUACCGCCAUGAGUUUAAAUCAAAUGAACUGUGGACAGAAAUUAAACUUGUCCUUGAUGCCUUUGCACAGCCCUUGACAAAUCUCUUUAAGGCCACCAUUGAACUUUGCAGUACGCAUGCAAAUGAUGCCAGUGCUUUGAAGGUUCUCUUCUCUUCUCUAAUUCAGAUUGCAAAAUUGUUCUACAGUUUAAAUUUUCAGGAUCUUCCUGAGUUUUUUGAAGAUCACAUGGAAACCUGGAUGACAAAUUUUCAUAGUCUUUUAACUUUAGAUAACAAACUUUUACAGACUGAUGAUGAAGAGGAAGCUGGAUUAUUGGAGCUACUGAAAUCCCAAAUUUGUGAUAAUGCUGCUUUGUAUGCUCAAAAAUAUGAUGAAGAAUUCCAGCCUUACCUGCCUCGUUUUGUCACAGCGAUUUGGAAUUUGUUGGUCACAACUGGCCAGGAAGUUAAAUAUGACUUGUUGGUAAGCAAUGCAAUCCAGUUUCUGGCCUCAGUUUGUGAGAGACCACAUUAUAAACAUCUGUUUGAAGAUCAGAAUACCCUGACAAGCAUCUGUGAAAAAGUUAUUGUUCCUAACAUGGAAUUUAGAGCUGCUGAUGAAGAAGCUUUUGAAGAUAAUUCUGAAGAAUAUAUAAGAAGGGAUUUGGAAGGAUCUGAUAUUGACACCAGACGCAGAGCAGCCUGUGAUCUAGUACGAGGCUUAUGCAAGUUUUUUGAAGGACCUGUAACAGGGAUCUUCUCUGGCUAUGUUAAUUCCAUGCUGCAAGAAUAUGCAAAGAAUCCAUCUGUCAACUGGAAGCAUAAAGAUGCAGCCAUUUACCUUGUAACAUCUUUGGCAUCCAAAGCUCAGACACAGAAGCAUGGAAUAACACAAGCCAAUGAACUUGUAAAUCUGACAGAAUUCUUUGUGAAUCAUAUUCAACCCGACUUAAAGUCUGCUAAUGUGAAUGAAUUUCCUGUGCUUAAAGCUGAUGGUAUCAAGUAUAUCAUGAUUUUCAGGAACCAAGUACCCAAAGAACAACUUUUGGUGUCUAUCCCUCUCUUAAUCAGUCAUCUUCAAGCAGAAAGUAUUGUGGUUCAUACUUAUGCAGCCCAUGCUCUUGAGAGAUUGUUUACCAUGAGGGGGACUAACAACGCUACACUCGUUACAGCUGCAGAAAUGGUACCAUUUGUAGAAGUGCUACUAACAAACCUUUUUAAAGCCCUGACAUUUCCCGGCUCAUCUGAAAAUGAGUAUAUUAUGAAAGCUAUCAUGAGAAGUUUUUCUCUGCUACAGGAAGGUAUAAUCCCAUACAUCCCUUCUCUCAUCGCUCAGCUUACACAGAAACUGCUGGCUGUCAGUAAGAACCCAAGCAAACCUCACUUUAACCAUUACAUGUUUGAAUCAAUAUGCUUGUCGAUAAGGAUAACUUGCAAAGCAAACCCUGCUGCUGUUGGAAGCUUCGAAGAGGCUUUGUUUAUGGUGUUUACUGAGAUAUUACAGAAUGACGUGCAAGAGUUUAUUCCAUACGUGUUUCAAGUGAUGUCUCUGCUAUUGGAAAUGCAUAAAAAUGACAUCCCGUCAUCCUACAUGGCAUUGUUUCCUCAUCUCCUCCAGCCAGUACUGUGGGAAAGGACAGGAAACAUUCCUCCUUUGGUGAGACUCCUCCAGGCCUACUUAGAGAAGGGUGCCAAUACAAUAGCAAGUGCUGCAGCUGACAAAAUUCCUGGAUUAUUAGGUGUGUUCCAGAAGCUCAUUGCCUCUAAAGCUAAUGAUCAUCAAGGAUUCUAUCUUCUCAACAGUAUUAUUGAGCAUAUGCCCCCAGAAUCAGUUGACCAGUACAGGAAGCAAAUCUUCAUUCUACUAUUCCAGAGACUUCAAAAUUCCAAAACAACGAAGUUUAUCAAAAGUUUCCUAGUCUUCAUUAAUUUGUAUUGUGUAAAAUAUGGGGCGUUAGCUCUUCAAGAAAUAUUUGACAGCAUACAGCCAAAAAUGUUUGGAAUGGUUUUGGAGAAAAUUAUAAUUCCUGAAAUACAGAAAGUAUCUGGACAAGUAGAGAAGAAAAUCUGUGCUGUUGGCAUUACUAAAAUACUAACGGAGUGCCCUCCCAUGAUGGACACAGAAUACACAAAACUGUGGAUUCCUUUACUGCAGGCUCUAAUUGGUCUCUUUGAACUGCCUGAAGAUGAUACAAUUCCUGAUGAAGAACACUUCAUUGAUAUAGAAGAUACCCCCGGAUACCAGACUGCAUUCUCUCAGCUUGCCUUUGCUGGGAAAAAAGAACAUGAUCCCGUGGGUCAAAUGGUGAACAAUCCUAAAAUCCACCUGGCACAGUCUCUUCACAAACUAUCUACUGCAUGUCCAGGCAGGGUUCCAUCAAUGCUGAGUACUAGUCUGAACGCAGAAGCCUUGCAGUAUCUCCAAGGAUACCUCCAAGCCGCAAGUGUAACGCUGCUCUGAAUUGCAUGUUUGACAAGCAAGAUCGAAAGCUGUUCACUUAAAAAGAAAAUUGACACUGACUUUCUUUUAAGCAGAGCUCAGACAAAAUGAAGUUGCUACUUCAAAAUGUAUCGCAGAAUCCAUCUUGUAAAAGAUAUUAAAUGUUGCUUUAAGCAGAAAUGGAAAAUUAGGUGGUUCAUGUGAUCAUAAAUAAAGAGGCAGCUAACUUCCAUUUCCAUUUUAAUUUCAAGGAGAAUAGUAACAGCAGUUUAUCGUGUGGCAUUGAUUUGAGUUCUGCAUCUGCAGUGUUUGGAUAAUAUUUUGAAAUGUAAGGAGAGCACUGGCUAUAGAAACUCACUUUCUGUCACUAAAAUUCCUUUUCAUUUUGAUGUUGUCAUUUGUAUUUCUUUUGUGUCUUUUUCUUUAAACUGUCUAAAUUGUGAAUAAAUAAGAAACACUUGUUUAAAA